AUGGCAUUGCGGUUUCUCUCGGCCCAAAGGCCGUCGCUGACAGCGACUUCUACUUUGUCAAGACUGGCCGGCAUUACGUUGCAGCCGCAACUCAGUCAUGCCGUUGUCCUGGGCCAGAGAUACGCCUCGGUCAAGGCGCAAGGAGCGUACAAGCAAAAACCGAAGCGAGGCAUUCCCAAGAAGCUAGGAGCUAAGCGAACUGGAGACCAAUUCGUCAUCCCUGGCAACAUCAUCUACAAGCAGCGCGGAACGCCCUGGUGGCCCGGCGAAAACUGCAACAUGGGCCGCGACCACACUAUCCAUGCGACAGCGACGGGCUACGUCAAGUACUACCGCGAUCCGGCCCGCCACCCCGACCGCAAAUACAUUGGCGUCGUCUUCGACAAGAAGGACACCCUACCGUAUCCCGCGCACGCCGAGCGCAAGCGACGCCUCAAUAUGACGGCGCAUCCGAUUCGCGAGGCGCCUGUCAAGCCCGAGCUGUCGGCGUCGGGUAUCCCCUUCGAGGUGACACGCGUGCAGGCCGGCGAGCCGGACCGCCUGCUCAAGCUGCGCGACGACUACAGCUACCGCGAGGACAACUGGCGCAUCGGCCGGCUGGUCAAGACAACGGGACUGAAGCUCAAACGGUUCCGCACCCGAAAGCAGUACCUCCGCAACAGGCGCUGGCGCCGCGAGAGGGAGCUUGCGGGCCAGCGCCAGGCACAGACGAGACGCGCUGAACAGGGUGGCGAUGCGUACAAACCGGGCAAGAAGGUGGACCACAGCGGAUCUUCAGUAGGAUGCGAUUUUUUUCAACGCAUGAAUCUCGAAACUUCAUUAGAGUCCCUGCUCAGAGAUAAUCAUACUGCGCUGGCUUGUGCCCCAUGUCGGACUAGCCAACCCGGCACCUCGCCAUCACCGCUUGAUCGAAUUGCACGGCCAUUGACGAUUGGCAAAAUCAUGCCAUCACCGCAACCUUCCGGCUCGCGGGCCAUGAGUCAGGUGCCGCUACCGGACCUGCGACCUGUCCCAAGGACGGUCAGCGAGGUGCCACUGCCUUCAUAUGUGCAGCCCGCAACCCCAGUGAGCCGUGCAAGCUCCAAGCUAAUGUCGCUCAACUCGGCCAUCAUGGCUGCUCAGCGCGAGUGGGAGCAGAAAAAAGAGGUUCGUGGUCAGUCGAGUAGCAACAGCACCGACUCCGAGUCCAGCGACUCGACAGCUUCGGACAAGUCUAGCCCUGAAUCAGCCAAAGAUACAGAAUUAGCCUUGACGGGCUUAUCCGCGGUGCCCAUCACCGGUGAAAAGCGUAGUCCCAGCAAUGCAGCGCUUGACGCUUCAUCAAGGCCCACAAAGCGCACGCUUUCCACAUCAAUCGAAGAACCACCAGGGCCUUCUUCAUCCGUUAAGAAUACCAUUGAGAGAUCAAUUCAGCUUAUACGCGACUUUGAAGUACGAACUCGCCCUCGGGAUGUUGGGGAGCACCCCCGAGGCGCAUGGCUAACGUUUAACCACAACGACGCCAUCGCUACUCGUGCUGAUGGAAUGGCCUAUGAUUACUAUCAUGCUUACAAGGGUAGGGUGGAAAGUAUGAGCGGCGCCCUCAUUCCAACAAACUAUCGACUCCGCCUCUCAUCCAAGUUCCCUUACGUCUGUCCAGACGUAGACUGCCGUAAAUCUUUUGAUAGUGCAAGGGCACUGGGGGGUCAUUUUUCAGCAGCACAUAAAGGUAGCGCGUAUAACGAUAAUUGCGACGGCACGUUUACGAAAACCGGCACCUUUAAGAGAGUUCCCGGAGAGAGUUGGCGGGCUAUUGUGGUAUCUCGAGUCAGCGUGGACGGAAAAGACGAGGAGGGUGCGUAUGCCGAUAAAAAGCUGGAGCCGUUUACUCCGGCGCAUGUGGCCUUGACGCACCCUGAUCCCUUCACGUACGUCGGUCAAUUCACUUCACGCGGGAAAGGCUACUUUGAGUGUUUACGCUCAGCACUCGUUCGAGAGCUCGCCCAGCUCCCAAAGCGACGUCAUUUGCCCCAAUCGUGGAUCGACUUCUACAAGAAGAAGCCCGUGAGUAUGACGAUAUUUAGCCUCGCACUCGCAUACGUCACCGGAGUGGAAGUGUUUGGGAAGGACGCCUGCAACGCUUCGUUGGGCGACCCCGACCACAGGCUGUCAGACUGCUCCGUUGCUGUUCCGUUUGAGCUCUCCAGCAGGCUAAAGAAUUUGCACUUCCCUGAGAAUAGCUGCGUGGGCUGCUAUUACGCUGCCGAGAUCCAUGAGCGGGCGAAUUAUUGCUCAUGGGCGACUAGGUCACGGGAUUUCCUCGACCGAUACGCGAAACGUGUUGAUGGGCUUGAAGAGUCAUUGUCUUCAUCAUCAUCAGAAGAAGAUGGCUAUGGUGCUCCAUUCCGUCAGCCACGGGUUGCAGAUGAAAUUGCGCAAAGACGGCGGAAUGCCAGAGCUGUUGAGGCCGUCAUCAAAGCUGGAAAAGCAGACAUUCUCGAGCUACCACCUCCGGAUGCUAAAUCUGCUGACUCAACCACGGCAAACAAUAAAAGAAGGGUCAACAUGAUUCCGGCGCCACUGUCCUUGGAACAGCCACCGACUCGAUUCGUCUAUAGCCAGAGUCGCGCAUUGACUGAGCCAAGGACGGUCCAAGGUGGACCUCGGCCGGCGGAGUCAUAUCAGCUUCCUCCGUCUGGCCGUACGUCGAGAUCUGCAGCGGCAUUGAGAAUAUCGAGAGACUCAAUUUCUCCUGGGCCGCCCACUCGGCCUGGCCGCUCAGCCCAGGCUCCUCCGCCGCAGCUUGAGAUGGAGAGCUGGGAGGUUGCACCCGGUCGAAUAGUUGACGCAGCGCACGGCGAAAACAUUGCCUACUCCAAUGCCUAUCUUAAUGGGCGCGAGCCGAUUACAGUCUCCGAAGACGUUGCUUUUAAUGUCAUUACGAUCAAACCGGGUGACAAGGCUCGGUGGGAGGCAGACGACUCGCAACUCCGGACUUGCUCUGUGGCAUCGGGCAAGGUCGAGAUGACGAUAGGGGCCAAAAGAUUUGGCACAGGACCCAACAGCCUCUUCAUCAUCCGGCCCGGCGAGACGUGUGUCGCGACUAACAAGCUAUACAUUGAUGCAACAAUUCACUGCACGACAGUGAAAAGCUACUCGCUCUUGUCUUGA